AUGGGGCGGUUUGUAUGUUGGGUGUUUCUGAUUGCUGUGUCAGUUGUCAUUACUGGUGUAAAUUGUAAGCGGAAGUUCGAUGGUGAUUUCGAGUUUGCAGAGGAGGGUCUCGGGAUUAAAAAGUACGAAGAGGACAUAAAAAGCUCUAUGGGCAAUGCACUAACUAAAAGUACAGUUACAAUUAAGUCAACUUUUAAUGUAGCUGAAUCUAAGUUGAAUGCACCCAGGACUACUGACUGCUCGCCAUCAUCCAAAUCAGAAAUGGCAAAUCGUUUGUUGGAUUGGUUUUCAGUAGUAAUGGCUGAUGCGAAAUUUCGUCGUCAACACGUCAAAUCAAAAGGUCACUUUCCUCCUGGAUGUCAAAUCGAAGUGCGGUGGAUGUUUGGGCAUUUCGAUACUGACGGUGAUCGUAGAAUUUCCCUCUCUGAACUUUAUGGCCUCGAGCACGAUCAGAAUGAGCCUUGCCUCAAGCCUUUCCUUGACAUCUGCAAUACCAAUGGAGAUAUGUUGAUGAGCGGUACAGAAUGGUGUGAAUGUUUUGCCAAAGCUGAAAGACCUUGUGCUGCACUUCGUCGACGUACAUCACUCGAUGUCGCACCCUUAUGUGACUCACGAGGCUACUUCCGAAGUGUUCAAUGUCAUAGUGGUCUUGGACUCUGUUGGUGUGUUGAUCCUCAUGGUGUAGAAUUUGCAGGGACACGUACUCGUGGAUCUAAACCCAAUUGUGAUGGAAUUGAGAGCAAACUUGCCAAUGAUAGCCUAAAGACGAACACCGUAAAUGUAGGAAAUGUUGAAAUUAAUAAUGACGAUGAAGAUUCCGAUACAGAGGGUGUUAAUGACUUUGAAGGAUCGGCCGAUCAACCCCUUGAUUUUUAAAUUUGAAGUACUUGAGGUAUUUUUAUUCCAUCAUACUCAAAGUCAAGAUUAGUAAAGUUUAAUGAUGAAUUUACUCGGAGAGAGAGGGAUCUUUUCCACGUUUUUCUACAGCGUAUUUGCAAAAAAUCUUCUCUUCCGUAUUAUUCUCAAUUAAAUGUGAAAGGCAAUUACAUAAUAAACCUUCGCUAUUCGUAAAUAAAAGUGGAGGGAAGGUGGACUAUUAUUGGGUAAAAGAUGACAUAUUUAUUCUGGAAAAUUCUUGCCAUUGGAUAGAUUGUUCAAGGGAGUACUAAAUAUAUUCAAUUUCUAUGAAAAUUUCAUUCACUAUAA